GACACACCGAGGCGGACGAUUUAGGAGAUCUCCUAUCCGCCAGCGAACUGCUUUUUGGUCAGAGGAUGGGUCGGAAAACCACCCCUUCCCCCUCACCCGCCCAGAAGAGGACCGGGCGGCUUGAACGCCUUGUUUUGGGGAGGUGGGAAGCGGCGCCUCUGAACUCCAGUCACGUUUGAUGGAGCCAGAAGCAUGCGCACAAACGAAGCACGGAGCUGUCCAAGUGCUGAAAUGUAUAGUCCGUGUGUAAGGAUCAUGGGCUUUCCCCCUCCCUCUCAUUCCAGCACACGGAGAGUAGCUGUUCCCACCCUCACCCCCCCCCCCCCAAGCUUAGCACCAAUCAUACUCUUUCGAUAUUUAUAAGUUGGUGAUAAGGAAUAGAGGGUCGAAGGCAGACUGUCUCUUCCCUCCAACCCUCGUGCGUAUUUUUAAGGACGUUUGGCACCCAUUCCGAAAAAAACAAAACCAGCUCCUGAAGACAGAUCAACGUGACAGCGUUAUACCCCCCCCCCCUUUCUGUCUGUCUUUCUUUUUUCUUUUUUGCAUGAUGUUAAGGUAAAAAAGGAUUGAAGGGGGGAUUCUGGGGGGAGGGAGGGAGGGAUCCAGUCUUUGGGUAGAGCGAGUGGCCAAUUCCAGAUGCUUGGUACCUUUUGCUGCUUGGGAUGAGCCGGGGUUUCAUCUAACCAUGAUUCCAAGGACUGGUACUUUUGAUUUCCUGCCAUCUCCACGACAUGCCGAUGAAGGUCUUCUUUUCCUGAUUCUAAAGAAUUUUAAAUUAUUGCUGGAUUUGGGGAUUUAGGCACAGUGUCGUACUUUCGGACCCCCUUCUACCCUUUUGAUUGCCGCUGGAAUCAUUUCUGGGAUAUUUUUUCCACCUUCCACGCAGAAAACAGGAGGAAUGAACCGACAGCUAGUGAACAUUUUGACUGCCUUAUUUGCCUUUUUCUUAGAAACACACCACUUCAGGAUGACUUUCUGUAAAGAACAUGAUUCCAGAUCUGGAAAAUCUCCUGCACAGACAUUGUCUCCUUCAGAUUUUUUGGAUAAACUGAUGGGGAGAACGUCAGGUUAUGAUGCAAGAAUAAGGCCUAAUUUCAAAGGUCCUCCAGUAAACGUUACUUGCAAUAUUUUUAUCAACAGUUUUGGAUCAGUCACAGAAACCACAAUGGACUACAGAGUGAACAUUUUUUUGAGACAGCAAUGGAACGACUCCCGUCUUGCCUACAGCGAGUAUCCCGAUGACUCCUUGGAUUUGGAUCCUUCCAUGUUGGACUCUAUUUGGAAACCUGAUCUAUUCUUCGCCAAUGAAAAGGGUGCAAACUUCCAUGAUGUAACCACAGACAACAAACUUCUGAGGAUCUCCAAAAAUGGGAAAGUGUUGUAUAGCAUCAGGCUAACAUUAACCUUAUCCUGUCCUAUGGAUCUGAAGAAUUUCCCCAUGGAUGUACAAACAUGUACAAUGCAACUAGAAAGCUUUGGCUACACAAUGAACGACCUGAUAUUUGAGUGGAUGAGUGACGGUCCCGUGCAAGUAGCGGAAGGCUUGACUCUACCACAGUUUAUUUUGAAAGAAGAGAAGGAACUUGGCUAUUGCACAAAACACUACAAUACUGGAAAAUUUACAUGCAUUGAAGUAAAGUUUCAUUUGGAGCGUCAGAUGGGAUAUUAUUUAAUCCAGAUGUACAUUCCUAGCCUGCUGAUCGUCAUUUUGUCCUGGGUUUCUUUCUGGAUCAACAUGGAUGCUGCUCCAGCCAGAGUUGCCUUGGGCAUCACUACAGUCUUGACAAUGACCACUCAGAGUUCAGGCUCCAGAGCUUCUCUUCCAAAAGUCUCUUAUGUCAAAGCGAUUGACAUCUGGAUGGCUGUUUGUCUUCUUUUUGUUUUUGCGGCAUUACUUGAAUAUGCAGCAGUGAAUUUUGUGUCAAGGCAACACAAGGAAUUUCUAAGACUCCGGAGAAGGCAGAGAAGACAAAACAAGGAAGAAGGUGGUGCUCGUGAUAGCCGGUUUAAUUUUGGUGGCUAUGGGAUGGGCCAUUGCCUACAGGUGAAAGAUGGCACUGCAGUCAAAGCCACUCCUCCCAUCCCUCCGCCUCCGCCUCCACCUCUACCAAAGGAUUCAGAGUCCAUCAAAAAGAAGUUUGUUGACCGUGCCAAAAGGAUUGAUACAAUAUCCCGAGCUGCAUUCCCGCUUGCCUUUCUCAUCUUCAAUAUAUUUUACUGGAUUACAUACAAAAUUAUACGUCAUGAGGAUAUUCACAAAAAGUAAACAGUGCUUUGUGAGCUGGGACCUUUCUAGCCAAAGUGACUCACUUGUAAAUAGAGAGUGAAAUGUCUUUUUUCUGUCAUUGAGACAGAUGGUUUGUUGUCUUGUGAUUCUAAAGAGGCCAGGGGUGGGGCUGAAGAAAACAAAAAGAAAAGUUUUGGUAACAGUUGCACAAAACAAGAUGCUAUUGGAUCACAAAAUGAGGCUGUUCUUACCUACUUAUGGCAUGGUUCUUCCAGACUCUUGUCAAGAUAAAACAAAGCUAAAUGGGGCCAAUUUUGUUUCUUCCCAAAAAUCCAUGUUUCUUCCCCGUUCCCCUAUUUAAAGAACACUUAGCAUAUACUAUGGGGGCUCUCUGUAAUGGCCACACCUCUAUGGCUUUUAAGAGGACCAAACCUUUUUUCAGAGUAAUGUUGCCUUUCUAUAUGAAACAAAGCCUACUAAACUACAUUCCUUUAAUGUCUGCAGUUAGUGGCUUACCCAGAAGUCCCUUUGUGGAUUGUAAAUUAUUUCUACUAACGGGGUGGGGAAAGAUUUAUACUUUAAUAUCCUUGUUGGUGUGCAUUUUAAUAUACUUGCUUUCUUAGAACUGUAACUUUCGAGUCCAACUUGUGUAGAGUGUGGUUGAUUUCAUUGCUUCCACUUGUGAAAACAACAGCUUGUUUUUAAUCUUGGUUCUAAGUAAUGACGGCCAGAUGCCUAAAAGAACAGGAUGGCUGUUAUUUGCAGAGUUGUACAGAAAAGGAAAUUUCUUUUGCAAACUCUCUUUUUACACAAUGCAGAGCCAGCCCAAGACACUUUGAUGGCUGAGGUGAACAAAAAACAAUGGCCAGACAAAUUUCCCUUUCUCCCUCCCGCCCUCCCUUCCUUCUGACCUACCGUUCUUAGAAUAUUUAGUCACCAUGUGCCCCAAGUGGUGCAGCAGGCUAAACCACUGACCUAUUGAACUUGCUAACUGAAAGGUUGGCAGUUCAAAUCCAGAGAGCAGGGUGGGCUCCCGCUGUUAGCCCCAGUUCUGCCAACCUAGCAGUUCGAAAACAUUCAAAUAUGAGUAGAUCAAUAGGUACUGCUCCAGCAAGAAGACAACAGUGCUUCAUGCAAUCAUGCCGACCACAUGACAUUGGAGGUAUCUACAGACAACGCCAGCAAUUCGGCUUAGAAAUAGAGAUGAGCACCAACCCCCAGAGUCGGACACAACUACACUUAAUGUCAGGGGAAAACCUUUACCUUUACCCUAUGUGCAAAAAAGAAAUUUGUCCAAGUUUUAAAGAUGUCACCUCCUGAGAGGAGUGGUUGCCAAUUUUCUCUUCAUAAUUAAUAAUGAGACAAAGUCAUCAAUUGUGUCUGAAAAUAGCUAGUUGGGCAUGGCAGUCAUAUCCAAUACUUUCCUCCCACCUCCCAGCAUCUCCCACCAUCUCCCACCUAAGACAUUGGUGUCCCAGAAUAGUGGAGCCAGUUAUGAUUAAACAAACCAGUCUUUUUUCUUUUUCUUUUUUGCAUCUGGCCAGCCUAGUUCUAAGAGAGUGCACUUAAUUUCAUUUCAUUUUUGCCUGGUUAUUUUUUUUUCCAAUUACCUACAUCCAACAUAUGGUGCCAAACUGUAAUUUACCUAUUGUAUUACCCUGUAAUGCACUAUUGAUUAAGAACUUGUCUCCUGGCAUAGCUCAGUUUAGCAUUGACUUUCCAUACUGCUCUCAUUGUAGCUGCAAGUUAAUAGAUCUGUAGGUAAAUAUGACACAUUUACAGACCUCUAAUUUAUAUCUUUAUUAAAAAAAAACAAAAACAAAAAGUGGCUAUCAUUUUAAAUAUCAUUGACUAACUGACAAGUUUUAAAACUGUACUGUGAUUUUCAUAACUUGUUAACCUUUUGGUGCCAGAGCUAUGUGGUCCAACCCCCUUGGUAUGUGUUUUGAAGUAGAAAUAAAAAGAAUUAAAACCCAACCAAAAUUUUGAGCUAUUUUUGCUUCCAAAGUGGGUGAGGUCAAAACCUGUAUUAUUGAAAAUAAAAAAAGAAUUAUGAUUUUAAACUUAUUGUAAAAGGUUUUAUUACCCAAAAAGGUAACUCAAUAAAGCUAAGUGUCUAAUUUA